AUGUCACAUAGCUUAUCUGAAGAUCGAGAGAGUCAUGAGCGGCUGCUGGACAAAGAAUAUCACCAGGAUGAUGAAGGCAAAGGUUGGAGAGAAGAUGGCCUGUCUCCGUUGAGAUACAAGAAGUCAAACUUCAAGGCAGCCAUCGGAAUUACCUCACUUGCCUUCAAUGUUUUCCUCGCCCUUCUUUGUAUCUGGUUGUGGCUUAGAUCCCGAUCACCAUUGCCUCCCUGGCCAAACACUCUAUACUCUCCGGCGCAAGAUGCAGUGGAAUAUGAGAUUGUUACCUUCAAUUCCGAUUUCCCUGAAGACCAUUCAGGAAAGACAGCUUACUAUGGUGCCUCUCCCAGUGCAGAAGCAGCAUGGAAAAAGCUCAUGGACCCAUACCUAGUCCAAAUCUCGUCAGCGGAAGCAGCCAGGAUAUCACGUCCAACAUCCCAAAUUUCCGAGAACCCAGACUACUACAUUACCAGUCUUGACGUAUACCACCAACUACACUGCCUCAAUGACAUUAGAAAGAUGGUGAGAGACUACAACACUACAGAUGGGAAUUUGGGAAGACUGCAGACAAUGCACAAGUUUCACUGCAUCGACUCCAUCCGCCAGAGUCUCAUGUGCAACGCUGAUUUAAGUCUGAUCCAUUGGUAUUGGGCUCCUCAGGUUGGGAAGAAUUUUCCCAAUGCGACGACUACUCAUAUAUGUAGGAAGUGGUCAAUAAUUGAGGAGUGGGCUUUGGGGCAUAAGCUUGAUCAGGACGAUUAUGAUCCUCGGACACAUUUUGAGUAG